GCGCCCGCGUAGAAAUGUUGUUGACAGUGGAGACGGUUGUCACUGAGCGAUUUUUCAAGAAAUUUAAUCAUGUAGGACCCUAACUUUUACUUUAAUGAGUGGACGGGAUCUUAGGAAGUUUGUGAACUUCCACAGAACUGCCAUCGGGGCCGCAGAUAGUUCACUUGUUAACCGCUUUAUAGAAGGACAUGGUAGUAAUCAGUAUAGACCAGCUGAUUAUGACAAACUUCAAGCCAUCGCUCAGCUCAGGAAAGCUGCUGGAAACAAAACCUUUCAAAAAGUAGAAAAGAUAUCCAGAGCUAACAAAGAGAAAAAGGAACAGAAUCUUAUUCAGCAGCACAAAGCCUGUUGGUCAAAAGAAAAAAUAAGACUUCAUAGUUUACAGCGAAAACUACAAAGUGAAAUUGAUGCAUUGAGACCUGGAAGUCCUCUUGAUUACAGCUCAAUUAAGGAGUUCUUUCAAGAUCUGGAAAUCUAUGAGGAAGUGCUUAGUGAAGACAGCACUGAGUUUAAGAAAAGCACUAUUCAACCAUUAUGGGAUUUAAGAGAAGACUUGCAGUUCUGGCUUGGAGAGAACAGAGACAGAAUUGUGAUGGGAGUUGCUGACAAAGAACACGCAGAUGUGCUCAACAUUGUGGAAUCAGUCAAAAUGCAGCAGCGCAUAGUGAUAGACAAACUUCAAAUGGAACAAGAACAGCUUGAACAAGAACUGGAGAGUUUAUCAUUGCAUGAAAUUACAGGAUUGGGAGUGGUGUCUGAUGUUGGUAUAGAGACAGGCAUCCCUGAUGAGGCAUUUUAUUUGGACUGUCCUGAUGAACAGUUAAAGGAUACUGUUUUGGAAGAGUUCCUUCUUCUGGAUAAGAAAUAUGAAGCUCAGUUGGAGUACUUAAAUCUGAAAUAUCAAAAUGUCAAACAAUUUAGCACUGGAGGAUGGUCAAAGCAUGAUCAUUUGCACUUUGUCCAUCUAAUGGAACAGUACCCACCUGAGAUGCCAAACAGAAGACUGCUCUAUAUUGACAGGAUGCUUAGGGAAAUCUCACACAAGACUCGCUCACAGCUGGUUGAACAUGAAGAAUGGUUUGUUGCACACAAAUUUUACCAAGAGCAGUUUUCCAGCACACUUCGUGCCUGGGCGCAUGAUAGACAAGAUUUACUCAUAAAAGUUAAGGUAACAUUUAUUGAUGCAUGGACAGCUUAUGAGGAAGCCACAGGGAAAGCCAAAACAAGAAAGAAACAGGAACACAUCUGUCAAGAACUCUAUAAGAAGGUACUUGCAUUCCGUGAACAGAAGCUUGAGGCACUAAAGCUGCAAGCUGCUAUUGCUGCAAAACAGCAGGAGGAAGAGGAAGAACAACUAAGGGCUGCUGAAGAGAGGGAAAGAAAGCUCAGAGAUAAAAAACAUAGGCAGAUCCAGGAAUUUAAAGAUUUGAAAGAGAGAGAAAGAGAGCUUUCAGCCCAAGAGGAAAGAAAAAGACUGGCUGAGCUUCAAGAAAAAAUGGCGGAGCAAGCUGCAUGGGAUAGAGAAAGAGUACAGUAUCGCAAGGAGCAGUUAAAACUGCAGGAAGAAGAAAAGCAAAAAGCCAGAGAGUUGGCUAUUGAACAAGAAUAUGAAAAACAACAACGUCUGGACAAACUUAGAGCACAGGUACAAGUUCAUGUAGAGGACGAUCCAGAGAGAUUAUACAAACAAACAGAGGCAUCCCAAGCACGUAUGGCCAGUAUGUACGAGGAAGAACUUGACCUUCAACAACCUCUCUUUACUGUCCAUGGAUAUGAUGAAAAAAAGGUGGCGGCAGACAGAAGAUUAAAGGUUGAAAAUGCUCUGAGAGAAGCUGGCAUCCAUCACACUGAUUAUGCAAGAAGAAUCAUGGCCUCCAUCAAACCUCCUCAGGAACCAAGAAAGGAUCAGCAUUCAACUGUGUUCAAGUAUGGUUGAUUUUUUUAUUAUUAUUUGUUGUAGGCUCUUAAUCCAGACCUUAGGCUUUGCUUAUUACAUUAAAACCAAUUUUAUGUAU